AUGCAACGAAACUAUAUGACAACUUUUCUUGGCUUUACAGUUAAUGAUGUUCAGGAUUUCAAGACACUUCGUCGACGAUUUGAUGAAUCUGUUCAACAUCAAAAUUCGAUUGGCGAAGGAAUAAAUCUUUUAACUGAUUAUGAAAAGAAUCUUGAAUUAGAACAGCAGAAAUGCAAUCAGUUGGUGGAUGACAUUAGAAAACUGAGAACGGCUGGAAAAAGUCGCGAUACUUCGAGUUGUUUUCCAUUUCGAUCGUUUCUUAACUUACGGCAUUGGCGGAAAACACCGAAAAGUCUGAAAACAUUCUUUCGAGCUCUCUGCCAUCUGUUUUCAACCGAUGACUUUCUCAAUGAACUGAGAAGAAAUCCUAAUUUCGUGAAAACUAUUCAAAAGCAUCAUCUCUCUCAAGAAAAGCUCAUCGAGUUUGAAAAGACAUUUUCGCGUUUACCAGAGCUUUCUUCCGAUUACAUUCGACAUAAAAGUUCUGAUGCUUAUCAAAUCUGUCUCUGGUUGCAUCAUUAUCUCAAAGACGAACACAACAGCCGAACGCGAGAAUUACAAAUCGAGAGCGAACUUCUUCAACUAAACAUCGAUCUUUCGAUAACACAGAAACAAAUUGACCGUCUCCAAGAGAAAAUCAAAAUUUUCAAAAUCACCUAA